CUCUCACAUUCAUUCACGGAUAUAUUAAUUUUUAAUAAAUCACUCAUGAGUUACUUAUACACAUCUCUAAAAACCGCAAUUGAAUUUGGCAGAUGUUGGGUUGGGUGGUUGAUAUAGAAAUUGCUGAGAAAAUCGAUUAAAUUUAAAUAAUAUCUUAGAUUUGCAGACAAAAUAUAAGUGUUAUGCUGUUAUGUGUAAUUUCGGUAUAAUCAUUUUUCUUUGAUCGGCACAGUGUCCUUGCGAUUCCAUUAUAUUUGGUGCAUUUCCAACUGGGACCUUGUACACUUCCGAUUUUUGUGAAACUUUUGUGUUUAUCGGUCCCAAAUUGAAAGUAAAAACAAAUUUAUUUAUCUUCCAAGUUUGUUUAGUUCAUUAUCAACAUGUGUGGAGGAUUUACUUGUUCUAAAAACGCUCUUAUUGCGUUAAAUGUUCUCUAUGUGGCAGUGGCAUCUAUCUUGAUAACAGUAGCAGCGUAUGGACAGGCAUCCUCACUUGUGGGUAACUUGCCCAUAGUGGGAGGCAUUCUUGCUUGUGGAGUGUUUCUUAUUCUGAUAUCGUUGUUGGGCCUUGCUGGUGCUGUUAAACAUCAUCAAGUCAUGCUGUUUUUCUAUAUGGUGAUUUUGUUCAUGUUGUUCCUGGUGCAGUUUUCAGUGGCAUGUGCAUGCCUUGCUGUCAACUCUGAGCAGCAGGAGAUGUUAGCACAACAGGGUUGGCAUCAAGUCAAUAUGGAUGUAAGACAACAAGUUCAAAAGCGCUUCGAAUGCUGUAGUUUUCAGGGGCGCACAACAAAUACCACUGCAAUGGAUUACCCAUUUUGUCAUGAUGUUGAUGAAUUAUGUUGCAAAGACUUGCCAGUUACAACAAAUUGUCAGUGCGCGCCCUGCAUGGAGAGGCUCAAGGAAACUAUAGAUUAUGCAUUCAAGUUGUGCGGUGGAAUCGGCCUGUUUUUCAGCUUUACUGAGUUUCUGGGUGUGUGGUUGACUGUAAGAUAUCGUAACCAAAAGGAUCCGCGAGCUAACCCCAGUGCAUUUCUGUGAAUUAACUGACGAUUGGAUUCAGCAUUUUAACACCUAAGUUAUUUGCUGUGUGGCUCGCCCGACGGUACCGCAACCAACCUGACCCAAAUUAUAAGGAACCUCACGCUAUUUUCCCCAGGAAAAACUACCUUUAUUAAAUACGUAAUAAAAAAGUCUAUUAGUUGCUCAUUAUUAUCGACUGGUUUUCAAAAAAAGGCCUAAGAUCUUGCCAUCAUCGCUACGAGAUCUUUUGUUAAAAUACCUUUUUUACCCCGAGAAUUGUUGUUAUGAAAGUUGUACAUGUAACGUGUAGGGCAGCGUAGUGCAAAGGCCUUUCUCAAGUCCCAUAUGACGAUUGGUUACUAUUCUGAUCAGUCAUUUAUACAUAAAAUUAAUUAGUUUUUUCCCCUGAAUUAGUCUGAAAUUAUUUUAAGUAAAUAAAUUAGGUAGACAUGACUGCCUUUGAAUUACCUACUACUAUAGGAAAUAGUGGAUUUUGUAGUUAAAUUAUUUUAUAAGUUUGGUUGGUUUAUAUUUCUUUGAGGUAGGUAUAUGUUUGAUUGAAUUCGAAGAAUCUGCUGGCUUGCAACUUUUCCUACUCACUGCAGGUGUGAAUAAUUAUGGCAAGCUGAAUGAUUGUGAAGAUAAAAUAAUUUCUCAAAUCGCUAGUGUCUUCUUCUCAGUAUAAAAUAAUGGACUUUUAAAAUUAGAAUUAAAACAAGCCAAAUAAUUAUGCAUUUAUGUAAAUUA